CUCCACCGCAACCCAGGAGCCCACCACCCCUACCCCCCACCACUUGAAACAGUCCGCCGGCCCUGUAUAACUCCCAAACACGAGGCAUGGCCACCGCUAUUUGCGAGUAUCCGUCGUCGGAAAAAAGAGCUCAGAUUCUCUGAACCCAUUCCGUGUGUGUCUUGCACUCUCGCGACUGCUGCUGCUGCUACUGCUGCUGGUGCCACGGGGAAUCGUCGCUCUAGGUGACAUCUCCGAGCCCCGCGGAAACCCCACGCGCUGCCGAGGCCAAGCAUCGCGCGGCGACCAGUCGAAUAGCGCGCCGGAUCAUCACUCAUUCAGUGCCUUGACAACGCGGUGCUGAUUGACAGCUGGAGUGGCAAAAAGCCAUGAGCCCCGCUCGGCUCCGGAGAGGCGCCUGUUGACGGCUUCACGCAGCCCGAGCGCGCGCUCGGUCCCGCCUCGGAUCGUCCGCCGCGACCGGGGAGAGUCCCGCGUCUCUCUCGGGGAGAGGGGGGGGGGUGCUGCGAGUCGGGAUCGGCUGCGGGAGCCGCGGAGACGACGUACGGCGGGGGGGGGGGGGGGAGAGACAGGCGGACGGGCGGGAGGGCGAGCGGCGUCAGCGGAGGCGCUGGGAGCGGCCCGGGCUUUUGACGGCGGCGGAGGCGGCUGGGAGAGGAGAGCCCGAGAGCGCGGACCCAUGGCGCAGAGGUACGAUGAGCUGGGCCAUUACGGCGGCAUGGACGGGGUCGGGGUGCCGGCCUCCAUGUACGGGGACCCGCACGCGCCGAGGCCCAUGCAGCCCGUGCAUCACCUGAACCACGGGCCGCCUCUGCACGGCCACCAGUACCCGCACCCCGCGCACGCGGGCGUCAUGUCAGCCGGAAUGGGCUCGCCCGUCAACGAUGCGCUCAAGAGGGACAAGGACUCCAUUUACGGACAUCCGCUGUUCCCGCUGCUGGCCCUCGUGUUUGAAAAGUGCGAGUUGGCGACAUGCACCCCGAGGGAGCCAGGAGUCGCGGGGGGCGACGUUUGCUCUUCCGACUCCUUCAACGAGGACAUCGCUGUGUUCGCCAAGCAGGUGAGAGCAGAGAAGCCAUUGUUCUCAUCCAACCCGGAGCUGGAUAAUUUGAUGAUCCAGGCGAUACAAGUAUUGCGGUUUCAUCUCUUAGAAUUGGAGAAGGUUCACGAACUCUGCGACAACUUCUGCCACCGGUACAUCAGCUGCCUCAAGGGCAAGAUGCCCAUAGACCUGGUCAUCGACGACCGGGACGGAAGCACCAAGGGCGACGACGACGUCUCGCGGCCCUCCUCCAGCAGUCUCGCCGAACAGAUGCAAUCGUGGAACCGGGACCACGAUGACGUCCUCUCCACGCACUCCGGCGGAACUCCGGGGCCCUCGAGCGGCGGCCUCGCCUCGCAGAGCGGCGACAACAGCAGCGAGCAAGGCGAUGGCAUGGACAACAGCGUGGCGUCAGAAGGGACGGGCGACGACGACGACCUGGACAAGGAUAAGAAGAGGCAGAAGAAGCGCGGGAUCUUCCCCAAGGUGGCCACCAACAUCAUGCGGGCCUGGCUCUUCCAGCACCUGACGCACCCAUACCCUUCGGAGGAGCAGAAGAAGCAACUGGCGCAGGACACGGGGCUCACCAUCCUGCAAGUCAACAACUGGUUCAUUAACGCAAGACGCCGAAUAGUACAGCCCAUGAUUGAUCAGUCCAACCGAGCAGUGAGCCAGGGAGCCGGGUACAGCCCCGACGGGCAGCACCUGGGAGGCUUCGUGAUGGACGGCCAGCAGCACAUGGGCCUGCGUCCUCCCGGGCCGAUGGGUGGCAUGGGCAUGAACAUGGGCAUGGAGGGCCAGUGGCACUACAUGUAGAGUGCCCCCCUUCGCGGCGACAAGGAGCACAGCCAGAUCCUUCAAGGUUUUCUCAAGGACCGGGCGUGGAGAAUUCGCAGGCGCCCGGCUUCUUCCCAACCCCAUCCAGCCAACGGCUCGCGGAUCGGGGAGAAAGGGAGUGGGGAGGGUCGCACCUCCGCGAUGCGGGACCUGUCAUCGACGGGACGCGGUGUACAACCGCCGUCUCGUUUCGUUUCUGCUUCUCGCUGCAGCCCACGUUGGUGGUGGUGGGUGGUGGUGGUGGUGGUGGGGGGGGGGCGGUGUGUGUCUCAUCAUCCUCCAGCUUCCUCGUACUCCCAGCCAACCUCAAACCAACAACGACAAACGGGGGGGGGGGAACCUUGGCCAUCGUCUUCGCGUUCGGAGCCUCGGCGUGUCUGGAUGGAUUUGUCGCAGUGGCGUUGCUGCGCUGUCGCGUCAGGGUGGAAUCUUUCUAAGCGGUAACGGUGAACUCGGAGGGGCGUGGACUUCUUCGAUGUGAUUCGCCGACGAGGAGAGCAGAGGAACUGGAACUUUGGGCACCGUCCAAGGACCAACUCAGUCCUCCUACUUGCACGUCGGAAUAAUAACACAAACAAAAAACCGCCACAACUUUUUUGUUUUUUUUUUAAAACGUGUAUCUACAGAAAUGACUUUUAAGGGGUUUUUUUUUUUGGGGGGGGGGGGGGAAGGACAUUGUUUUACUACUGUAUGAUGUCAUAAAGAGAUGUUGUAUAGCCUACUGAUCGGUAGUCCAUAUUAUCUUCUCGUCAGAUUUUUUUAAAAGGAAAACAAAGAUAUUUGUUUCCACACUGUGUGUGUUGCUGUGACAUUGCCCCGUACCCCCCCCCCCCUCCAUAACAACCGAGAGAGAGAAAUUGUUGUAAUAUACAAGUUAAUGUCACUUUAGUAAUGAAGAGAGAGAGAGAGAGAAAGAUGGAAGAGUGUUUUUUUUUGUUUGUUAAUAGCAUGCUUCUUAAACAGUUACGUAGGGAUGUGUUGUCUAGUUAAAUUAUUUCUUAGUUAAAGAAACAAAAAAAAGCCGUGUACAAAAUGUAAAACUGCAUUGGAGUGAGUCUGCUGUCGCUGGUGAAAGAUUUUUUUUUUUUUACCGCUCAGACCUCCCACUUAGCCUUGCUACCUAUCUGAUCCUUUUGCACACUACCAACGUAUCCGAGGGAUGGUGUUGUUCUACUUGUUGACGCUUCCAACCGAAUUCCCAGCCUGCUGUGAAUUGCGUUUGCGUGUGUUUGUGUGUGUGUGUGGUGGGUUUUCCUUUUUUGUGUUUUUAAAUUUACAACGCGUUUUCGGAGAAAGGCGACACGGGGGGCUGCGGCGUUGCGCAGCGGCGGCGAUUAAGCGUCGGGGCACCUGGUGCAAGAAAUGCAAAUUGGGGGCCUCAAGUUCCUGAGUUUUGCCCCCCCCGCUCCGAUCCCUGUGGCCACCAGGGCCCCCUGGUGCAGUUGCACCGCCUGCACGCCCAGUAGCUACGCCGCCGGCUGUGCGUGCGUCGCACCUGCAGGUUCCUCGAGAAGUCAUCGGUCGCCAAAAAGCUCCUGCAAACUUCACGACCUCGCAGAUUUGCAAAAAAAUGUCGAUAUUUUUUUAGAAUGAGAAACUUUGGCAAAAAUUAAACCGUGCAAUUAUUUUUGCAAACAUUUCUACGGUGAGCGAUGGCAAGGUACAAAAUAAAAAGGGUGGUAGGAAGAGGAGAGAGUCUCGUUGAAAAGGUGUACCCUAGGAGACUUUAAGUGCCUUCUUGCCAUGAAGUUCACCCUUCAUCGCAAGAAGGCAUUUUCCUGUGGCUCCGUGUUGGUCCACGGACCAGGGGAGACAUUGGUACCAGCUGAGAUGGCACAACUUACAAUGUAUGUUUGAAUGUGGAACUUGUUUGUGCCGUACGUAGCCAACCGUGCUAAUUGGAGGUGCGGUGGAAGGACAACAAACUUAACACAAAAAGCAGUUCUAAAGAAAUGAGUUUUCAAUCCGAACUUAAAAGUGCAUAAAAUUAUUAUUAUCAUCAUAAGCGUCAUCCAUCAACAAUGUAAGCCAUUGUCCAUCAACUCCUGGAUGAAAGCCCCUGCCCAAGCUCUCAUCUCAGGCUGCUGCGCGCUCGCCGAUUUCAUUGCCGCGGACGUCAUAUAACAUUUCUCGAAUUGGCCGCUAAAAGUUAAUUAAUGUGUGACGCCCAUUCCAAAUGCUUGUGCGUCCAAAUGUGAAUCCAUCGCCGUGUCGACCUUUUCAAACACGCAACUAGCUUUUUUGCAGUGUCAGAUGGUACCAAUGGGUGAAAUGAAUAUCUCGUCCGGGCUCACGCGUUCUCCAAACUGCCCGCCAAACUUAUCUGCGUGCGUCACCGCGUGCUCCCAACGAGCUCCCGGUGUAGUCCGUCCACCAAGUGUAUCGCGUACACACACACACACACACCUUGAGUUCACGCCAACUUAUUUACAGGUGCACCCGAAAUGCGGCAGACGCACCCCCGCCACUUGUGCGGCGGUGUAAGCAGAGCCGAGGGGUCUACUGCGUUACUGAAUGUGGUGUGCCGGGCGUGCGAAAUAUGUUGCAGGUCUGCGGACCCAGACAAACAAUUGGCUGAAAUUGGGUCAUGGGUCUAAAGCUAUGGGAUGUACUCGGCUCCCAUGCGUGUGCUGUAGGGUGGUGGUGGAGUGCGGUGGACAUGGGUCCCUGCUGCAAAGAAUGAAACGCGAUCCCCUCGUCCACACCCUGUUAAAAAUUUCCGCCACGCCUCUCCGUAGCCCAGGGGCACCUGGCGGGCCCUGGUGGCAGUUACACCGCCUGCACACCGGCGGCCACCCGCCACCGGUGUUGAUGUUCUGACAACGUAGUCUUGUAGCGCUACCACAGGUAUCGCCACGUGUACCCCCCCCCCCCCCACUAUGCGCAAUGUGGUUGCCGCAUCAUAGGCUUGGCUGGCGAUUAUUAUAUAUUUUUUUGGUGUCUGUGUAACACAGUGCGUGUGCCUCCCUCCCUCCCGUGGGUCUCUGCAGAGACAAAGAAACGUGGCCAAUGUGGAAUUCAAGAUCUCCUCUUAACCCCCCCUCGCAGCAACCAGGACCCCCCCCUACCCCCCACCACUACCCCCCACCACUACCCCCCACCACUACCCCCCCCCCCACUACAACCCCACUACCCCGUGCAGUGAAACGAUCGUUUUGGAGAACAUCUCUUUUCUUUGUAAUCGUCGUUUUUAUAAAGAAGACUCAACUUGCACAUGUGCAUACUCACAUUUCCAGUUUUCUAUAGGUCUCCCGAGAUAACACCUUUACUAAAUUUGUCCGUCUUACAGCAAACUUUGGACAUGUACAGCAAUGUAAAUUGAACUUGAUUUAAUAAACGUAUUUUGUUCUAUGAA